AUGAUGUUGGCUGCAGGUGUGCGGGUGCCGUUGAGGCUCCGCUCGAGCUGUUAUCUUGCCCAGUCUCUGCGUCGUCAGUCUCCAACGCCGUGGCCACGACAGAGUCCUACCGUGCGUCGCUUUCAUCGCUCGGUCCGUCUCCGCGAGCAACAUGCUCCGACUGAGCUCCCGAGCUUCUUGGAAGCAUACAAACAAGCUGUGGAAUUCCCAUCGGCUACCCAUGACUUCCAGACCUUUCUCUGGCAGGCCGAGUCCAACAUGCAAGUCGUCUUGCACGGUUACCUAGGCCAGCGAGCCGACCUCUCCAAGAAACUAUCCUUCGUCCGCCUGACGGACCCGACGAUGAAAUACAGCAUACAAGUGGUCGCCUUCGGCAAAACCCACGCUACCGAGAAGCUCAAGUCUCUCAAUGCUCAUAGUCCCGUCGCCGUACGCGGCACGGUCCAAAAGAAAAAGGGCAAGGACACUGACGCGGGAAAAAAGUCUGCAGAAGACAUGUGGGAGCUUUCACUAGAGGAUAUUUACCCAUUGAAUGAUUUCCCCAAGGAUAUUAUCAUGACGCCCGAGACUGUCUUUGCGCCAGAACAUCGCUACCUCCAGCUGCGGUCUGAUGGGGAACUACGUGAAUCAUUAAGGUUUAGAGCCGAAGUUCGCAAUGAAUGCAAAAAGGAAUUGGAAAAUUGCCAACCGCCAUUCGUCGAGAUUGAGACACCACUUCUGUUCAAGUCUACACCCGAGGGCGCGCGCGAGUUCUUGGUGCCAACCCGCCGAGCGGGACUUGCUUAUGCUUUGCCCCAGAGUCCGCAGCAGUACAAGCAGAUCCUUAUGGCAAGCGGUAUUCCGAGAUAUUUCCAAUUUGCUCGAUGCUUCCGUGACGAGGAUCUUCGAGCGGAUCGGCAGCCGGAAUUCACCCAGCUGGAUCUGGAGAUGUCUUUUGCUACCGGCGAGGAUGUGAUGCGUACAAUUGAAGCUGUGGUCAGACGGCUUUGGUCGAAUUUGAUGCAGGAUCCGGCUCCUGAAGGGCCAUUCCGCAGAAGGUCAUACCAGGAGGUUAUGGCCAAGUAUGGUUCCGAUAAGCCUGAUACAAGAUACGGCAUGGAGCUUAUGCGUCUUGACCACCUGCUCCCCGCCGAUCUUGUUAUGAAAAUUUCUCCGCUGGAAAAUCCCAUUGUCGAGGCUUUCAAGCUUGAGAGUCAGGAUAAUGAUCCUGCCGAAACACUCAAAUUCAUUGGCCAAUUUUUGGACUCCCCAGCGGGGGCUCCCUUUAACAACAAUCCAGAUGGAGGCCCAGGUGUCUUUGUCUACAAUGGCAAGCAACCUCUCUGCGGUCUCCAGCCCUUUGGCUUUGAAGCCGCCGAACGGAUCGAAGAACUUCUCGAGCCCGAUCACGGCGACCUGAUCAUCAUUCAAGCCCGCCCUCGCGCCCCCUUUGCCGGUGGCUCAACACCAGUCGGUGACCUCCGCCGUGCCCUUCACGCCCAUGCAGUUUCAACCGGUUUCUCACCGGCCCCCACAGGCUUUGAUUUUAUGUGGGUCGUUGACUUCCCUCUGUUCUCCCCCUCUUCCGACUCAGAACCAGGCCAAGGCGGUGCUGCUGGGUUCUCAUCGACACACCACCCCUUCACAGCUCCCAAGACUCCCGCCGACGUGGAUAUGCUCCUUACAGACCCCACGAAGGUCGUUGCAGACCACUACGAUCUCGUUGUGAACGGUGUCGAGCUUGGCGGUGGUAGUCGCCGUAUCCACGAUGCUGCUGUGCAGGAGUUCAUUCUCCGUGAUAUUCUCCAGAUGAAGCCCGAGCGGCUGGUUGACUUCGAGCACCUUCUUGAUGCUCUACGUGCUGGAUGUCCGCCGCACGCUGGCUUGGCAUUGGGCUUCGAUCGCCUUGUUGCUGUGAUGCUGGGUAAGGAAUCUGUGCGUGAUGUGAUCGCUUUCCCGAAGACUGGCAAGGGUGGCGACGAUGCUAUGGUUCGUGCGCCAAGUCCUAUGACCGAGGAGGCGCUAGAGACAUAUCAUCUGCGGCUUCGAAAGUAG